AUGAAUAGAUUUGUGCCUCUACUCGAAAAGAAAGGGGCCACGGGGUUCAAGCAACGUGCAGCUCAGAGCCGUCCAGCAAAUGACCUAGACACUAUCAGAAAAUCCCCCAGUAUUGAUGUCGUUGCUUCACAAACUCAUGGACAAAAGCCUGAACUAGAUCUUGCGAUUCAGGUACCUCUAUAUGUCGCCCUGGUUAAGUUCCGCGCUCCUCAGGAGGUCAGCGAUGCUACUUUAGAUGGCGUAGGAAAGACGCUUGGCCAGCUCCGAAAGCUUGGAUUAAUCAGCAUCGUUGUGGUUGAAACUGGCAUCGCCGGAGAAAACGAGGCCCACCGAAGACAGACAGCUACUGUGCAAGCUAAUCGAAUCGCCACGGCGAUAGAUAACUACGAUGCACCUGGGGCACGGGUUAUUGAUUCGCCACUUACCAUCGAAGCCAUACCGGAAGAAGAUUCUUCACCAUUUACUUCGCGUGGUCUUUUUGUCGGAAAUGCUCACGACUUGAUGGCUGCAUUGCAAGAGGAGGUGAUUCCUAUCAUCUCCUCUUUCGGAUAUACUGCCGAUGACUGCGCUGUCAAGCCGGUUAGUGCCAACGAUGCCAUCUUAGCUUUGACGAGGCAAUUAUCAGGUCUCCAAUUCCUAGGUCAGCCGGUCGAAGACUCGAAGGUUAUACAGACAUCAAGGUCUGCCGAGGUGUAUCGACUCAUCGUCCUAGAUCCUCUCGGAGGAAUCCCUGCUAACAACCGGGCUACUGGAAGACACCUGUUUUUGAACCUAGAGCAUGAGUUCCAGGAGGUCCGAAAUGAUCUAACAGCGUCGACAUCUACAAACUCAAAUCUCUCAAGCUCGAAUCGUUCGCAGCACUUGGAAAAUGCAGAGUUAGCGAAGAAUGUCUUGUCCUUGCUACCACCAACUUCCUCCGCAGUUAUCACAACUCCCCAGGAAGUAGCAAACGAACGUUCCCCGGAGGAUAAUGCCAUUGACUGGGCGCUUGUUGGAACGAGACGGGGACAGAACCCGUUAAUACAUAGUCUCCUGACUGACAAGCCGAUCCAAUCUUCGUCAUUGCCGCCUGAACGCUUCAGACUCGUUACAUCUUCGACCGGAAUGGCUCAGAUAGGUUCAUUAACAACCUUGGCUAAACGCGGCAUGCCCUUAACCAUAUUCCCGGACCCUCGGGUUACUCCAUGGAAACCACCCCAGCCGGGACAAGGAAACCUGAACCUAACAGAUCCGUGUAUAGACCUGCCUAGGCUUGUGAACUUGAUUGAGGAUUCCUUCGGCAGGAAGCUCGAUGUAGAGGGUUAUUUAAAGAGGAUACACGGAAAUCUAGCCGGUAUAAUCAUUGCGGGGGAAUAUGAAGGCGGCGCUCUAUUGACUUGGGAGAAGCCUCCAGGGGUAGAAGGUUCCGGAGCAGAUGUUCCAAGCAGGCUCGUACCCUACCUAGACAAGUUUGCAGUCCUACGCAAGAGUCAGGGGGCAGGGGGGGUUAGCGAUAUCAUUUUUAACGCUAUGGUUCGAGACUGCUUUCCAAAUGGGGUCUGUUGGAGGAGUCGGAAAGAUAACCCUGUCAACAAAUGGUAUUUUGAGCGGUCCAGGGGCUCUCUAAAGCUAGGCGGCAUGAAUUGGACCAUGUUUUGGACGACUCCGGGCUUGGCUUUGGAUGAGCAGAGAUUUAAAGACUACGAAAGUGUCUGCCGGGGUAUCGAGCCGUCGUGGGCGGAUUAG